AUGAAUUUACCUGGUGCACAGAUACAAAUUUGGGGAACAAAAUUAAAGAUUAGAUCAGCUGUGGCUUUUUCAAUUGCUGUUCUUUGGUUUUGUAUCUGUCCGUUGUUGAGUGCAUGUGGUCGGUACAUUUCUUUGGUUAGACCCUUGGCACCCAUUGGCCCAUUGUAUCAGCAUUUUGGUCAAAGGGUGGUUUAUUAUUUGGGCAGGUCCCUUAAUGCAAGAGUGUCUUCUAUCAUUUAUGAGGGAGGGUGGAACUGGCCUAGAUUGAGAAAUUUGGUUACUCAAGAAAUCAUAUACCUAAGUCCUCUGAAUCUGGUCCCACAUGUUGAUGAGGAGGAUAGGGUGAUAUGGCUUCCUUCUAAGUCUGGGCUGUACACUUUCAAAUCAGCAUGGGAGGUUAUUCGAACUGCUAGACCAAUUGUUGCCUGGGCUCAUGUUGUGCGUUUCCCUCACGAUAUCCCGAGAUGGUUCUCCAUUUUAUGGAUGGCUUGCCAUAGCAGACUAUCUACCAAAGACACAUUGGCUGCAUGGGGUGUAAUUUCAGAGGAUAGCUGUGUCCUUUUGUUCUGUUGA